GGGAAAAGAGGCUGGUCUGAGGUCUUUAUAAACGUCCGAUACAUCCGCGCUUCAAUUGCACGUAGUAAAUAACCAAAUCUUUGUUAUAGUGAAGAAAUAGUACUGAGGCGAUUUGCAAAGCAUUUAAAGAGUGUUUAAGGACUUGUUGUGGGUGAUCACCAGUGGACAAUCAAGCUUUACAGGUUUCCUCAAUUGAAAGACAUGGAUGAUAUCCAGGUUGCGUCAAAAGCUCCCCUGCUCGUUGACAGGGAAUUGCCAGGGUUGAGAGAGGCUGUAGCACAACUUGUGAUAAAGGAGCACGAUGUAGAGACUCCCCAUGGAAGGAUCCACUGCACCAUGAAGGGGGUGCCCAAAGGAGACCGCCCCGUCAUCCUCACCUUCCAUGACAUUGGACUGAACCACAAGACGUGCUUUGACUCCAUGUUCCAACAUGAGGACAUGCAGGAGAUCAUGCAGCACUUUGCUGUGUGCCAUGUCGAUGCCCCUGGACAGCACGAGGGGGCCAACACCUUCUCUACCGGGUACGAGUACCCCUCCAUGGAUCUGCUGUCUGAGUCUCUCCCCCUGGUCCUCAAGCAUUUUGGUCUGAAGAGCGUCAUUGGAAUGGCCGUCGGAGCUGGAGCCUACAUCCUUGCAAGAUUCGCUUUGGACUACCCCACGUUGGUGGAAGGCCUGGUUCUGAUUAAUAUCAACCCCUGUGCUGAGGGGUGGAUGGACUGGGCUGCAAACAAGGUCACUCCUUUGCCUGACAUGCUCAUCGGCCAUCUCUUUGGAAAGGAGGAAAUCUCCAACAACCAUGACCUUAUCGCCACCUACCGCCAUCACAUCAUGAAUGACAUGAACCAGUACAACCUGCAACACUUUGUUAAAGCUUACAACAGCCGGCGGGAUCUGGAGAUUGAGAGGCCCAUUCCUGGUGGAAAAGUCACCGUCAGAACCCUGACGUGUCCUUCUCUGUUGGUGGUAGGAGACAGCUCUCCGGCCGUUGACGCUGUGGUGGAGUGCAAUACUAAGCUGGACCCGACAAAGACCACACUGCUGAAGAUGGCUGAUUGUGGAGGCCUGCCCAUGGUUGACCAGCCUGCAAAGCUGACAGAGGCCUUCAAGUACUUCAUUCAGGGAAUGGGCUACAUGCCUGCUGCCAGCAUGACCAGACUGGUCCGCUCUCGCACGGCGUCCGGAUCCAGCAUCCACUCCAUGGAAGGCAACAGGAGCCGGUCUCACACCAAUGAGGGAAACCGAAGCCGGUCACACACCAACGAGAAGCGUGGCCGCUCCCACACAGACAGUAUGGAAGGCACAGCAAACCGCAGCGCAGCUCUCAAGUCCACCGAAGUGUCCUGCUAGACGACCCUUACCCUCGACCUUUAACCUCCAGCCCCCUGGUUCCUGCUGCUCUGCCACUAACCACUCUCUCUCACACACACACACACACACACACACACACACACACACACACACACACACACACACACACACACAGGAUUCCAUUCAAUGCAAUUGGGAUGCCCCCAAUUGGAGAAUGUUUUCUCUAUGCAAAGAGUUGUUUUUGUAAAGAUAUGCAAGUAUAUACUACUGCAUAAUAAAGGAAAUUCUGUAGAGGAAAAAAAAUAAACUGAUCCCUUCCCAUCUGCAGAGUCCGGUGGAAUAUCUAGGUGUUAGGGGCAACGCAGCUGAGCGACACUGCAACAGAGAAUGUGGGAGAUAGCUGUGGCUGAAUAGUGACACCGCAACGGAGAAUGUGGGAGAAAGCUGUUGCUGCAGAGCGAGUACCUAGUACACCAGUUUGUACAUUUUUCUUUUAAAUCUCUCAUUAGGAUUUUUUUGUUUGUUUGUAGUGUUUUAUCACAUCUGACACAGUUUUCUUAAAUACGUACCUGACUGUAAAUGAGUGCUUCUUUCUGUUCUCAUUGUUAUUGUUCAUUAACUUUUCAGUGUUAUAAUUCAUGUUCUGUGUGAUAUAGGAUAGACAGUGUUAGGCCUAGAUGUGGAGAAAGAAUAGGGAGGCAAGUGGAUAGUUUUUUUGCUCAAAUUGAUAUUCGUCUUUGAAACCGUGGGAAGGAGGGAAUCGGAAAUGUAUCAUGUGCAUACAACACAUUCCUGUAACCAUUCCUCUGUUUUAUGAUGUUGUCCAUUCAUUUUGAGUUAAGUCCUGGAUGUUCUGUAUCUGUCAACUCUGUGGAAUCAAACAAUUGUAACUGUUCUAUUCUAGAACAUUCCAAAAUACGCUAUUCUUUUCAUUAAUCAAACACAAAACACUAAAUCGAACAGCUUUGCAUCCUAUUGCUUUAUUAACAGAUCAUGGCUUCAGACAAAAGUUUUUAUUUUGGAUAUUUUUUUGUGUGUGUAUGUAAAUGUUUUCUAUGCAAUCAAGCACGGCAGAACAAAGAUGUGCCAUGGAAACCUUCUCUGAUUUAUUAAAGUUAUUUUGUUGUGAUGGAUUUGAGAGAGUCAAGCCGAUAGAUCCACAUAAUGUAAUGUGAGGAUAGUUAUCCAUAGAACGUAUCAAAAACCCUCCCACUCUUACUUGCACUACAGCAACACAGGCCUACAUCGCUUUGUAAAGAUGCACAACUGCCUAAUGCUGUAGAUGAGAAGCAUUAAAUAUGGCAUAACAGUUUUGUAUUUAUUUAAUAAAUAAAAACCUAUAACUUUU